CUUUUUUUUUCCUCCCCAUGGCCCAGAAUUGAAGGGUAGCAGACCUUUCUUGCCGCCCACUGCUUUCGUAAUUCCUGCCAACCUUGUCCAUCAUAUCCACCCUCGUCGGCAUAUUUUUUAUACAAAACUCGCCUCAAACUUGCAACCUUGGAUUAUUUUCCAUCAUAGUAAUCCAUAAUCCGUUUUGAUAUUUCCAUUAUGACAUGAACGUCGGUGGGUCGAGUGCUCGGUUAUCGUAAGUUGACCCAUGGCCAUGUGUCAAAUAAUCAAUCGUCCACACCGCACGGCAACUGUAGCGAUCUUCAGCAUUGUCAGCUGUAUAAUCUGUAAGACGUGGAAACGUGAAAAGGAUCGUGUUGCUGGGUUUUUGAGAGGGGUGAAAUGCGUAAGACGGUUUAGAUUAGAGCAUCGUGACAUAGCAAAACCGCCUAGAGACCGCAGUCUAGACCCUUGUCAAGACGCCCAGUCCAUUGCAACCCAGGCAGAAUGUAAUAUGGAAUGUGAUUCAUGGCUCCGUGCCAAACCAAACACAGCAACAAUUUCCAUCUCGGGUUCAAAAUGCGGGAGGGGGGGAGGAGGGACUGGAGGAUGCGGAUCCACUGCAAUCAUGCCAUGGCCUUGGUAAUGCUGAUGUGUUUUGUGUUCUGAUGCAUUGGCAACAACACAACUUUUUUGCUGGGGGGAUUUCCAUACAGUUUGUACAUGUACAAAGCCCCGGCAUUUUGAGUUUUGGUCCCCCGGGUCACAUUAUCAAACAUAAUGUUGCGAAGGAUGAGAAUCAGCGCCUCCAACCCCCGUUCCCGUUCUCAGCAAUUAACAGCGUUGUUAUCCCAUGGCGAUGUGUAUCUCCUAUAAC